GGGUUCAGUUUUUUUCUGAACCACCACUUGCAUGAGGUGAUGCGAUCUAAUGUUGGAUAGGCAACACACAUGUUGGUUAUGACAUGUGGGUCAUGCAAAAAAACUUUGUGGGAGACAGAUGAUGUUGGAUUUGAAACAAACUUACUAUGUAAAUCAUACGUACGUACGUGCCAAAUCAUUCAUAAGGAAUAGCAUGCUAGUACAUGAACCUUUGGAAAAUGAUAUACCGUCAACAGUUUGGGUUGGAGAAAGACGUACCCCUUAGGCGUUCUAUAAAAUAAAUACAGGUAUAUUUCUGAAACUUAUAAUACAGAUUACACACUCGUACAUUUUAAUGUACUUCAGAGUUCAGAGCAUCACUCAUAAUUAUUUAAAAGGGUGCUACUAUAAGUAUAAUCCACGAUCCAUCUUCGUUUUCUUGUUCUGGGUUCUUCCUGAUGGUAGGUGCUAAUUUCUUUUCCUCGGGUUUUUCGCAACUAAUUAACACUCUCUCUUUUCUUGUUCCUCUUCUUCUGUGCAUCCCUCUAAUGAUUAGACUCUAAUUAAUACAGCAUCCCAACUUUUUUUUGUCCUAUAUAUCUGCUAGAUCCCACAUGCAGGCAGCAGGCUGUACCAAGACCACCUAUUUGCGGCCCUCUGAUCUGAUUCUCGGAUCUCUGGCAGUGGUAGUGAUCUCUCUGUCCCUCUUUGAUCAUUCUCAUGGCUGAGAUUGAUUAUCCUACAAAACCAAAUACCACCACCACCACCACAUCUACCACCACCACCACACCUCUGAAGCUCUUUGGCUUCAACAUUCAGAGCGUUUCUGAAGAGAAUGACUCGCAUUCAAGCAAAUCCCCAUCUAGGUCACACACUGACUCACACGAAUCUGAAAAUUUCCAAUCCACCGAAGGCAGAAAAUACGAGUGUCACUACUGUUGCCGCGAGUUCGCCAAUUCACAGGCAUUGGGAGGCCAUCAGAACGCCCACAAGAAAGAAAGACAGCUACUAAAGCGGGCACAAAUGCAAGCAAGUCGAAACCAGAUGGCAGCCGCCUCACACCUUCGGAAAAACCCAAUGAUAUCAGCGUUCACGCCAUCAGCACACCUCCUUGGUUCAGCGGCGGGGACGCCGCCACAGUCCCCUUCGUGGUUUCUCAUGUCUCAUGCAGGUACAGCAACUCCUUACGCCCUGCCAAGCGGUGGCGUGUAUCAUUCUGGGGCGACCUCGGUGCCUGGAAGGCGUUUCUAUGCCGGAGAAGUUGAGGAAUCCAUGAUGGCAGUUUUCUCUCAUGGCGUCGGCAACCAUGCCGGACUUGUGCCUGGGCUGAGUGGGUUCGCCAGAGAUGGUGGAGGUUCGCACUUUGAUAAGAGUUUGGGCCUGAAUUUGCAACUCGGUCUUGGGCCUACUGGACCAUGAUUUGGGUUUGAGCCGAGCACACCUUAGUUCUGGAAGGGAAAUUUAUGAGGUUAGGAGAGCUGGUCAUGUGAGUUUUCAAUUUUCCAACUUACAAGAGUGAAGCUAUUUCAUGUACAUUCUACGCAGAAAAGAACAAAAAAAGGGAAUUUAUUUACCA